AUCCCGACGGGAUUGAGCUUUUACGGUACACAUUGAAACCUGGACGCUUACGCCCAAAUAAUUCUACCCUGCUCUCAAUCUCGUCCAACUCCUCUAGCCGAUACCAGACAAUAACACUCGAGGCCGUCGGUUCUAUAGGUGGAAAAGAGUUUAAUGCAACGCAUACCUGUCGAGAUUUGGACAGUAAUCCUGCAUCGGGCAUCUACCGCACCGAUGUAUGCGAGGCCUAUCGUCAGGAUCAAAAAGUGCGACAGACUAUAACAGCGUUCCGGCUGGUCUGUCAUUUGUGGGCCUCAAUACUCUCGAAUCAUCGCAUCUGUAUCUUCACAGAUUUUCAUCAUUGCAAUUCUCCAGGGAAGACUAUCGAGGCAUUGAAAGGAGCAGAAAGGCUCCGCGCCGGGUGGUGGGAAAAUCUAGAGAAUGAAGGUCUCAAGGAAGCCUUGCGUGGAGUCCGAAUUCUAUCCCUUGAACUCGACGAACGAACUAUUGACAGAGAAAAAUUCAUCUCUAUGAUGCCCAAUUUACGAUUACUUCAAAUCAAAUUCUACCACGUGAAGGAUUUACAGUCACUUCAGUAUUUAGGUUUGCUUUUCCACUGGCACACAGAGCCGACUACACCAUGGGUGAGCAUCAACUGGAAUCUUCCCGGAUUAAAGGCCCUUUGCAUUGCCGGUGAACUUGACGAUGUAGCCAGGGAUGGAUUAUCCUUGUUCCUUCGGCAAUGUGGUCAAAACCUUGUGGAAUUCACUGAUUUGUUCU